CUCCAUCGCCCCGGCUUUCUACUGAUUCAUCUCAACACUCCCUGGGUUUUCUAUUUUCUCCAUUCUAUCGUUCCCCACGAUCUCUUCGAGUCCUGUUCGGUCAGUAACCUGUAUAAGAUACCGCUCGUUACAUAGCUAGCCUCUUGGUCUCCAUCCGCCAUGGCAUCUCCGAACGACUUCACUGUUGCAAUGACCAACCGGUCGCUCCGCAACAUCCGAUCUGAACUUGAUUUCCUCGCUGAUGCCUCAGUCAUUACACCGCAACAACAUUCAUCAAUCCUGUCACAAUUGCGAGACCUCUCCAUGAAUAUGCCCGAAGUAUCUCAACCGCGGUCAGAGAAAACGACUUCAUCAGCACCUCCGGCUGCAACUCCCGCGCCAACGCAGCCCUCUCCGGGCCCGUAUACUCCCCCGACUAGCCAGUUUGCGAAUGCGACGUUGAACGAGAAAUCUAGCCUACAUAACCAGUUCUCGACCCCCCCUCCACCUGCAUACCAACAAGGACCACCUGUGCUAUCAGUAGCCUCGGCUCUAUAUGCCUAUACUCCCACAGAUGCGGGGGAUCUAGCGUUGCAACCGAACGAUCGCAUCCAAGUAUUGGAGCAUAUGAACAACGACUGGUGGCGUGGUCGAAAUGAGCGAACCAACCUGGAAGGUAUCUUCCCUCGCAGCUACGUACGAGUUAUCGAGGAGAAAUCCGUUCCUCCUGCGCCCGUUCCUCAGCCGACGAAUUAUGGCAAUAUGCCUCUGGAAGUCAGUCAGAGUGGUUCCGCACCCCAAGCCGAAGGGAAACAUAGCAGGUUCGGAGAACAGGGGAAGAAGUUUGGGAAGAAGUUGGGCAAUGCUGCAAUCUUCGGUGCUGGCGCCACGAUGGGCGCGGAUCUUGUGAACAGUAUUUUUUAGUGUUGAAAUCCAACUGCAACUGGCGCAACCAACUGCACCUUUGGCCUUGGUAGAAUGGAUCUCUCGGGUCGAGCGACGAUGAACCUUUCCCUCUUUCUAUCUCUUAGUCUGUCGGGUCCGGCGUUUGGGAGUUGUUAUGCUAGUAUGAGCUGUUAACAGACUGAUUGGGUUCUUUCAGGUUGCGCAUGGCCGUGUCUUCUCCCUUGCUACAUGUAGAACAGAAAUGUCAUGUUAUAACUCCAUCUCACCGAGUUGAUUAGUAUAAAUGCCGCUGGUCCCUGGAAGAUGAUUCAAAAUGUCCUGCGGAAUCUAUUCGGUGGACUAGUGUCG